GUUUGCGGCUAUGCCGAUACACACUCAGUGCCGGCUAAAUUUGUUCAGUGUACAUGUGUUUCUUGUUUAUAACUUGGAAUUGUUUUAUUUAAUAGCACAACAAAAUAAUAAUGGAACGAAGCAUGCAAAAGCAGCUUUACGGCAUCUCUCGGGAAUCAUCGCCAAGUGUGCGGCGUCAGAGUAUGCCGGCGAGCGCUGAUAAUACACGAAAAUCAUUUUUUGGCGGCAAUCAGGGCUUAUCGCAACUGCCAGGCAGCUUGAAGAAAACGGCGUUAAACAAUAGUCGCUUGAGCCUCUCCGCGCGGUCUACCACACAGUCCAUACCGGGCAUUCGAUCGGACUACAAUGUCGUGGAGAGCUAUGGCCAUGCCCUGCCCGUGGCCGUCAAUGAGGCCCUCACCUUUGCCGGACCAAAUGCGAGCACAGUAUCAGCGAAAAUCACACAAAGAGGCUGGGCGUGGGUUGUGCAAGGCCGUCGACUACUGAUUUGGCAGUAUAAGGAUACGUCUAGUACAGGCAAAUUUGGUUCGCCCCCGCGUUUAGGCAAGCAUCAGAGACGUACUGGCACCUCGGCUCAGUGCCGUGAGCUUACCCUGCCCUACAGCGAUAUUGGCCACAAAAGCGAAUUGGUCAGCGUGUUUCACACCGAGGGCCAGCAGAUGGCCUCGUGCAUUGCAAUCUCAGCGACUGGCGACGUGCGCUAUUGGACUUCCAUUGCGCACGAUAACAACUCCGUCGACAUCUCCAUACUCACCGGCCAGGAAUUCGUUCAGCUGCUCAACCUGCCCACGCAGCAAGGCUAUUUGGCUGUCACCUCCACCUGCACCUUGGUCUUUCUACGAGUUGGUCUCACGAAUGGACGUUAUACCCUGCACCACAAGACGAUAAAACCUGCGACGAGUUUCCUAGGUGGCUUUGGCAAACGGUUUGCCUCGAUGCUCAUUGGCAUGAACAGCGGAAGCGACAGGGACCAGCUUUUAGUUGGGAUGUGCUGUGAGCGCGAUACAGAGAAUGGCGAAUCCAUUGUGGCUGUGCUAUCGGAUCGCGCCAUUCAACGGUGGCGUCUCUCGAACAAGGGCAACUCGGAACAGCUGCUAUAUGAGGAUGUGGAUCUCUUGCGGAAAAUGCGCGAAAUGUUGCUCUUAAAGUUUUGGAAUGUUCGCUUGCCCAAUGAUAAUGUUGAGAUCGAAAUGCAUUUCAUGGACUUCCAAGUGUACAAAGGACAAUACUAUAUGGUCGUAGGCGCUGUCAACCAGGCCCAUACGCCCCAGAUGUACUACGCUAUAGUUGUUGCCUCGGCUCGGGAGGAUGGAAUGCAGCUGGAUUGCUUUACGCCGCUGAAGCUGAACAAGUUCUUUAAUAGCAAAACGGCGCAGGAGUGUCUUAGCGUGCGCAUCAUUGUCGGACCCUCGCACAUGUAUUUGUAUACAUCCAAGGUGGUUUAUCCGCUGCUCUUGUCGAAUGGCUCACCUACAGCUGAGAUUGAGGCGGAGAAAGUGGAGUUCCAUUUGCACGAUGAUCGCAUCCUAAGCGCCGCCAUCUGCAAUCACUUGCCACUCUUCUUCAGCCGCACACACGGAUUGGUCUCCAUCACGCCGGGCGACUUUGAUAGCACCGAUUUGCUGAACAUGAGCAGCUGCAAUACGCCCGAUAUGUUUGCGCCUAUUUCGUUCAAUGCAACCUUCAGUGGCCAGGAUCAGAGUACCCUAGGCGACAGCACCAAUAAUUUGCCACUGUUUCACUUGGAUCCGGAUGACGUUUACAAUGAGCUCAACAAUGAGGUGGGUCAGCUGAAGGCGGCCUUCUUAUAUAAGCUGAAACGCAACAACAACAUGGUCAAUACAAUCCUUGCGGAUCUAAUGGAAAGCAUCAACGAAUCUGAUCAGCAAGGAGCACCUCUAGAUGCCUAUAAAUUGGAUAGAAUCGUCAUCACCAUUGCUGAGGACUUGGCUGAGGAUCUGCCCAUUGCCGAUCCGCGAUGGCAGUCCGUUCUCGAGGAGCACGAUGGCAAUCGGCACGCCCUGGGCAGCUCCCGCUCCAUGCAAAUCAUUAACCAGCUGCGGGAUAAGAGCAUUGCCCUGCACCACUUCAUUGAUUUCUUGCAUCAGUGCUCAAUUUGGGAGAAGCUCAACGCAAUACCCUGUGGCAGCAAUAUCUUGAAACCCACUUCGUACAUCCUCUCCGACAUCAGUGAGAAAAUUGUGGCUGCCAUGGCGCUGCGGACGAUACAGGGUAAAAUGCCGAAGCUGGUGGACGAGGCCAUCGAUAUAACAGUCUCACGCUGGGAGGAGCGGCCGCAGGGCAGCCUGACGACGCAGGAUAUAUUUUAUGUGAAGCUCUGCAAAUUUCAGAGUAUUUACGAGUCCUUGGCCGACAUGGCAGACGAUCGCAUUGCAUCUCAGAAUCGCACGACGGCCUCAGUAGCUCAAACCAUCGCCGAUAUCAAUGCCGUUGUGCUGGGCACUCUGGGUCAGGUGCUGAGGUUUCGGGAGCAGAAUGCCAGCAGCUACAAGCUGCCCGGCAAGGCGCAUGAGAAUCAGCCGUGGACAGCCACGCCAGGUGCCGCAGGCGUACACGAUGCACUAGUCCGCCUAAUAGAGAUUACUGUGCGCUACGCCACUCAGUGCGUCAACGAGACGGAGCUGAAGCACACGCUAUAUCAGCAGAUAAUGGAGCUGGUGGACAUGGUGCUGGAGGCGCGAAAGAACUAUCUGGACAGCGUGCGGGAGACGGAAAAGCAUCAGGUGCUGCAGCAGCAAUUCGAGACGCAGCGACGUGAUCUCAUCGCCACGCUAAUCAAGGAGCGGCAGUACGAGUGCGCUGCCAGGCUGGCUGAGAAGUAUCUGGACUUCCCCAGCCUGGUGCUCAUCUGCGACGAGACGCAGGACAAGGAUCGGCUGGAUGAAUACACCCGCAAAUAUGAGGAAUAUGAUUUCUCGCAGUUCGCCAUCAACUGGCAUUUGCGGCAGCAGCGGCACGCAGAGGUCUUCGAGCGCUUCAAGGGCAACCAGACGGCGCUAGCGCAAUUCAUGCGCGAUCAUCCGUCGCUCGGCUGGAUCCAGCUCAUAUUCAACGGCGACUUCGAACGUGCUGCCAAGGUGCUCUACGAGCUGGCCCAAUGCGAAACGGAGUAUGUGGCGCGCAAGAAGUCGAUGCUGUCGCUGUCCAAGUUGGCUGCCUUCGCUGUGGCCGACGUCGAUUUGGCGGCCCAAGUUGAGAAAAUAGAUUUCGAAUUGAUGAUUAUUGAGUAUCAAUCGCAUUUGGGUCACGAUGUCUUGCAGAGCUUCGGCUUCGACCCCACCGACCAGAAGGUGCUCAAAGUGGAGGAGAUCAUCAAUCUCUUUAUUGCCGAGGAGAACGAGAGCGCCACCGAAGUCGAGUUCCGCAAGGCCUUGGAGCUGCUCAGCUAUGUGGAUCAGCCGUACGACUUGCGACACAAGAUCUGGUGCGCGAUCAUACGGCGCGACAACUGGACGGACUACGAUACGAACAAUGCGGUCGACUAUAUACACAAGCUGCUCUUCUACAAGGUGAUUGAGCUGUCGCAGCUGAUGGGUCAGGAGGGCGAAAACGUCUUGCCCCCCAUGGAGGACUUCCUGGACAGCGCCGAGCUGGGCGACCUGCCGCAGCAAAAGCCCUUUCAGUAUUUGCUGAAGCUGACCUACGAGUACGUGGGCGACAUGUUUAAGCCGGCGGAAGAUAUGGAGCUGUAAUCAUUUCAUUUUGGGCAUUUGCCAUUCCUAUUAAAGACCUAGACUAAGAAA